AUGGCUCAUGAUCCCACCAAAGACAGAGCCCCUGCACACUCAUUUCCAGGCAGCAAUGCUCCCUCCGCAGCAACCUGCUCACCAGGUCCUCGCUACUUCCUCCAAUCAUCCAUCACCAAGACUGGGAAGCAGGUGGCUCCAUCAGUACUUGUGACAGCACGUCCCAAGAGCAAGAGUUUGGUCACCCCUGGACCCAGUGAUGUAGUUAAUAAAGACUACACCACGGAUCCUGCACACAAACACGUCUUCCAUACGGCACCAGCCAAUAGCCUGGCAUCCCGAGCCAAGGGUUUAAGAGGUUUCCGAACACCAGCUCCUGGCACCUACAGCUUGCCCAGGAUUCUGGGACCCAACCCAGCAUACACUCCUGCUGAACCCUGCUACUCCAGGAAGGGGAAGAGUCAAUACCAGAGCUGUUGUCAAGAGGUGGCAAAGACGCCAGGUCCUGCGGCACUUGACAAGGUGGAUCUGGAUGUCUACAAAACCAGGGCUCCCAAGUUCUCCAUGGGACUAAAAACCAAACUUCCUGGAAAGGGAGCAUUUCCAGCUCCAGCGCAAUACACCCUGGGAAAGUUGGCAGUAACCAAGGCCUGGGAUCCUGCCUUCAGUUUUGGACUCCAACAUUCUCUCUUCAAAGCUUCUUUAAUAGCUGAAACACAUCUUGAUUAA